AUGUACAGCCUCGAUGAACGUGGCAGUUAUCGCCAACAACGGAAACGUCGAGCUGGAAUAUCGGGUGGGUCCGUGCUAACAAAACCGAGAAGUACUGGUCGGUUAGCUAACGCCGGUGAUAGUGGAUGCAGUAGUGCUGGUAUUGCCACCGGUCAUGGUCUAACACUCGGCGGACGAUCACCACAAUCGUCAUUCGACUCGAAUACUGAUGUGGCACAGAUUUCUAUGAACUGGAUGAGGAUGAACGGUUUGGGCACAGGUGCAGUACGUCCACUCCUAACUGGUGGGAACACCACGGUUGCCAAGGUAAGGAGUCUUUCUUAUUCGUUUUCUACAUCAACAUGGAACUGUUACUAUAGAGGAACGAAAGAAAAUUGGAAACUACUCAGUUUCUGAGA